AUGCUGGUUGAUGCAUUUUGGGCCUAUCGCACUGCAUAUGAGACACCUAUCGGGAUGUCUCCAUAUAGGAUUGUGUUUGGAAAAGCGUGCCAUCUCCCUAUUGAGUUAGGACACUGGGCUUUGUGGGCCAUUAAGAAAUUCAGUUUUGAUAUGGCCAAAGACAGUGACCAUCACAAACUCCAACUUAAUGAGUUAGAGGAACUCCGCAUUGAUACAUAUGAGAGCUCCAAAAUUUACAAGGCUAGGACUAAGUGGGAUAGCACAUAUGACGUCAUCGAAGUAUUUUUGCAUGGGGCGGUUGAGAUUAAAAAUCCAAAAGAUGGUACGACCUUUGAGGUAAAUGGCCAAAGAUUGAAACAUUAUGUGGAUGGUAUUAACAGAGGGGAGAUGAUUGAGGUUGUCCACUUGCAGACCCAAUAUAUCUUCCAUCAUAAUUGCUUUGAGUCUAGGAGACUUAAAAUCCUCUAA